UCGACGACACUAAUGUCGCUUUGAAAUGGCCGACGUUUAGGGGGAGUGUCUUGCGGAAAUUGGGAUUUUGGAAUAUUAUUUACGCGAUAACAUAAUUUAUCACAGACUAUAUUCUUACAUUCCAAUAACAGAAGACUGAUUAACUUUUUAAACCGUGGAGAAAAAUGGCUUGGCGUUUUAAAGCCUCCAAAUACAAAAAUGCGGCACCAAUCGUGCCUAAACCAGAGACUUGUAUUAGAGAUAUUUGUGUCGGGUCAUAUCAGACUUAUGGGAACAAUAUUUGCGCUUCGGCCGCCUUUAUGGCGUUCAACUGGGAGCAUGUGGGGUCCAGCAUGGCCGUGCUGCCACUUGACGACUGCGGACGGAAAAGCAAGACCAUGCCGCUGCUCCAUGCACACUCCGAUACCAUAACCGACAUGGAGUUCUCUCCAUUCCAUGAUGGGUUACUGCUGACUGGAUCCCAGGAUUCCUUGGUGAAAGUCUGGCACAUCCCCCCAGAAGGGUUGAAAGAGUCUCUCUCAACCCCAGAGUGCACUCUAUCCCAGAAGCAAAGGAGGGUUGAGAACGUUGGCUUCCACCCUGUGGCUGAUGGGCUCAUCCAUGUUGCUUCAGGCCAUGAACUGGCCCUGUGGGACUUGACUAAGCAAAAAGAAGCUUUUGUAAAUAGAGACCACGCAGAAGUCAUCCAGUCUACGUCAUGGAAAAAGGAUGGCAGAUUGCUAGCAACCUCGUGCAAGGACAAGAAAGUGCGCGUGAUCGACCCGCGCGCUGCCAGCCCUAUUCUGGAGGUGGCUAACAGCCACCAGAAUAUCAAGGACAGUAGGGUAGUCUGGCUCGGAGAUCAGGACAGGAUACUUACUACUGGCUUCGACUCGGCCCGUCUUCGCCAGAUCAUGAUUCGCGACAUCCGUAACUUAUCUCAGACCCAGAAAACUUUAGAACUGGACUGCUCCACCGGCAUCCUCAUGCCUCUCUUCGACGCUGAUACCAACAUGCUGUUCUUGGCUGGGAAAGGGGACACCACCAUACUGUAUAUGGAGCUGACUGAUCGGGAGCCGUACCUUAUUGAGGGGCUGAGGCAUUCUGGCGAGCAGACCAAGGGCGCGUGCCUAGUGCCGAAGCGUGCAUUGCGCGUGAUGGAGGGCGAAGUAAAUCGUGUGCUGCAACUCACGGGCUCGUCCGUCGUGCCCAUCAUGUACCAGGUGCCUAGGAAGAGCUACCGCGAAUACCAUGCAGACCUGUACCCUGACACAAGCGGGUGCAUGACGUACCUGAGCGCGCCCAUGUGGCUCGACAACCAGGACUACCCUGUGCCGAACAUCUCGCUGCACCCCAACGCAAACAACUGUACCCAGGUGCACAGAGGUAAUCUAGAAGAAGUGGUGAAAGCAGUCCUAGCGAUGCCUCCUCCAAAGAAGAUUGAUACCAAAAAGGCGACCACGCCAGCGCAAAUCGAUGAACCUUCAAAACCAGUUCAAAAAGCCCAACCGACGCCUGAACCAAAAGACGAAGACCGCAUUGACUUUGUCAACGUAAAAGACCUAAUCAAAGGCAUGGAGCGACAGAAGAAUAAAGAACCAACCACAGACGUGAAAGAAACGAACGGCUUCCACAAGAAAAUCACCGACAAUGGGCACGAUUACGAAAAAAAGACAGAAGAUGUCGAUACUGAAAAGAGUGACGCGAGCGAUUGCACCGAAAAGACGGAGAAGACCGUUGAAAAGACUGAAAAGACCUUCGAAAAGACUGAUAGCUCGGAGUCUACUGAGUCGUCUUUGUCGCGUAGUAAUAGUUUGAUUAACGGCGUUCAAGUGCCGAAGCCGCUGCCUCGUUCUUCGAUAUCUGAAGCAAGUUCUGUAGAAGACCAUUCCGAGGUGCCCAAACCGAAGCCCCGGACCACUGCUGUGCCUAUUUCUGGCUAUAAGCCUCGUCUCGGUCCCAAGCCGUUCUCAGCGACGACUGGCAACGAGGAAUUCUCUUUCGACAAGGUGUUCUCAGUGCCGGCUGUGCCUGGCCUUCCUAAAUCUGACUCAGCAACGUCCCCUCUCUCGGGACCCACGGCCACUACUCCUGUAUCCACUCCACCGGUCGUCAAAGAGCCUGUGGAGGAGAAAGAGAAGUCUCUUUCGCCUACUAGCGACGUAGACGUGGCUCCUAAUAAAGAAGAAUAUACAAACGGAAAAUCAGACACAAGCUUAGAAGAAGAAGUCAACUCUUCCGAUUCGGGGUACCGACCAAAGACACCGAGCACUGCUGAGAGAAGAAAGCUCUUCGAGACUACUGAUGGCAACAACCAAUCCAUAGCAGAUCGUCGCCGCGCGUACGAGAUGCGAUCUGUGAGCGUUGCAGUCGAAUCUGAGACCCCGCCCUCUCCCGCUCCGCUAAGACGCAGAGACUCCUUGAAGUCCCGCAAGAGUCCCGACCGUGAAGACAAGAGAGCAUCAGUCCCCAAUGUUGCCACAAAGAGGACUUCUACUGUGUUCGGCAAAGUGUCAAAGUUCCGUCACUUGAAAGGCACGCCCGCCCACAAGUCACUGCAUGUGGAGAACAUCAAGAACAUCAGCAGACAGGUUUCUGGCGAGUGCAAUGGUUUCUAUGCUAACGGCGUCCAUUGCGCCGUUCCUCUCAGCGGGGGCGGAGGCCGCGUGGGGAUCAUCACCAUGCCCCUGGGGGCCACCCGCCGCGCGCGCGGUGCGCCCCCCCUGCCGGGGGGCAUGGUGCCCCACGCGUUACUGCACCCCGCGCCGCUGCAGGACUGGGCGUGGGACCCGUUUGAUGACGAUCGCCUAAUGGUCGCCUGCGACGACGGACUGGUGCGCGAGUGGAUAAUAGAGGAAGGCGGUUUACUAGAAUCAUCCAACGAACCGGAGCGCACGUUCGCCGCUCACCCGGACAAGAUCUACCUGAUCCGUUUCCACCCGACGGCUUCCAACCUGUUGACCACCGCUGCUCAUGACCUGACCAUCAAGAUUUGGGACCUGACCCCUGAGGUUCCAGUAGCGGCCAUCACCUUGACUGGACAUGGCGAUCAGAUAUUCUCUAUUGAUUGGUCGCCGUGCGGGGAAUACUUGGCUACUGUGUGCAGGGAUGGAUUGAUCAGAAUAUACAAGCCGCGCGCAUCGACGGAGCCUCUCCGCAGCGGGCCGGGUCCCGCGGGCAGCCGCGGCGCGCGCGUCGUGUGGGCUCUCAACGCCACGCACCUCGUCGUCACCGGGUUUGAUAAGGUGUCAGAGCGCCAGAUAUAUCUGUACAAGGCGUCAGACUUGUCAGCCCCGAUCUGCACGGUGGGACUUGACGUGUCGCCUGCGAUCCUCCAGAUACACAUUGACCACGAUUCAGGCACUCUCUUCUUGACUGGACGGGGUGACUCCACAAUCUACUGCUACGAAGUGACGUGUGAGCCCCCAUACGUAUGCGCGUUGUCGCAUCACCGCGCCAUGACUUUACAUCAAGGUAUCGCGUUCCUGCAGAAGAAUAUAUGCGCUGUCGAAAAGGUUGAGUUCGCGAAAGCGUUGCGGCUUACAAAUGGUACUAUUGAACCAUUAUCAUUCACGGUGCCUAGAAUAAAGAGCGAGCUGUUCCAAGACGAUCUGUUCCCACCGACGCUGGUGACGUGGGAGCCGUGGCAGAGCGGCGCGGACUGGCUGGCCGGCCGCCUCGUGUCGCCGCGCACCGUCAGCCUGCAGCCGCCCGGCAUGGAGCCUCUGUCCGCGCAUACCACUGUAUCACCGGUGGCCCGCGAACCACGUGAGGCGCAGAAACCGAAGCCCGACCUCAUCCGCUCACACACGCCGCUCGACGCCAAGCAGAAGCAAGAAAACAUAAUGAAGUCCAUGAGCGCCAAAAUGGCGGUGGAUUUGAAAUUGGAACAAGACAGCAUGGAGGGCGUGGACGAAACGGAAUGGGAGCAGUGAGGCCGGCGCGUGCAAUUCCACUAGUUGUAUCCUAAUCGAUUGUAUACCGAUUACCUUAGAUUCGAUGUAUCGACUAACCAUUGUCUCAUUCGAUGAUCAAGUUAACAGAUCAGAUUUGAAAUUGAUUGCAGAAAGUUGAAUAGAAAGUUCAGAAAAGUAAUGAUUCGCAUGUUCGAUUAGAUAUUAUAAUUUGGAAGGCUUUUAGAAUACA